AUGAGCAAAGGUCACUCUUUAACACAGUUGAGACUUUACAUUUUCUCCAACAACUAGGAAAAAGAAGAAGAAGAAGAAGAAGAAGAAUUACUGGAAAGGCAUUGUCCUGAUGAAAUUCUGAUCUUAUUCGAAGGAAUUGCAUGGCUUCAAAGUUGCAAACAAAGGCAGCUCAAGUUUCACAUUUUGUGACCAAGAAUGGAAGUUCUUACUACAAGGAGUUGAUGGAGCGAAACAAGCAAUACAUCCAGAAACCAUCCAGCGCACAGACAUGCCAAUUGUUGGCAAAUCAGUUGUUUUAUACUAGACUUGCCAGUAUUCCUAGACGAUUCGAGGCUUUGUGGAAGGAGCUUGACUCCCUCAAACAAUUCUUAAAGACCAAGGAGGCAUGGAGCAUGGAGAAUGCUAGCGUGGCUGCUCUGUUUGGAGUCGAGUGCUAUGCCUGGUCCUGGGGUGGGGAGAUAAUCGGGAGAGGGUUUACACUUACAGGUUACAAUGUUUGAAAACUGCCAAUUCUAGCAGUUCCAACUCCUUUUGGGGGACUUUUGAGUCCUUGAGCUAGACAUUUCCAGCAAUAAUAAUUUGUGAACCGU